AUGCAUCCAUGCAUCCAUUUGAAGAGGUAUCCAGCUAUCCAGCCAUCAUGGUUGGUGCUCUUCCAGUCUUCUCUGGCUGUCGUCACCACCCUCGUUUGUUGUUCGCCAGCGUCAGGACUCAGUAAUCGUUGCUUAGCUGCUUUUUUUGUGCCAUCGACGUUAGCUACAUGCACCCACCCAUGCACCACCACUUUCACCACCACUCAUCCAUCUGCUAACCUGCCCCAGCCUAUUCUUCCUCGACUCUCCGUCUUCUUCUUCUUCUUUUCUUCUUGCCCUCCUCCUUUGCGUCUGCUCUGCUUGCCUGCUUGCUUGAUUGCAUCGUCUCGUUUUAUCGGUGGAGCUAGCUCGCUAGUAGCUCUCCUACCCCUACCUACCUGCUCUGGGCAUCCAUCGCUAUCAGCCAGGACAAGCGUCAUCCGCAACAGUCACGAGCCUCGUCCAACCUUUACACACACCCUUACAACCAAUCUGCGCCUCUGCGCCUGGCACCACCUCCACCGCCACACCAUGUACCCACCCUCGCGACCUUCACCGAGGACCGCAUCCGCCGCCAAUAACCUCCAAACAAAUCCAACAAGAACCAAUAACCAAAGGGAUCCCGUCUUCGAGCCUUCUUCCCCUUACUCGGAUAUAGCCCCCUACGGUGACCGGGCGGCCGAGGACGCUCAUGGUGAAAUGGCUUCUCGUGCCGACCCGCCGUCUGAGGCAGACCAGAAGCACAUCCAGAAAGUGAAUCAGGUCAUAACAAAUUUCUUCACCAAAGCAGCACUUACCAUCGUAUCUUCAAGGACCUUGCUCCCUCACGGUUUCAACAAGAAUGGAGACAUCAGGCAAAACAAAUGGUUCAACGUCGUGCUGGACGAUACCGACUCGCUCACCGAAGACCUCAUGGAAUGGAAGACGAUGAAUGCCAUGGCCGGUCAACAUCCACCUCUCUGCAUUGAAAUAUAUCUGGAUACAAGGCAGCUAGGCCAUAAGCAGUCGCUUGUGGUCCAGGAUGAGCAAGGAAAGAGAUGGGAUGUGGGUGAAGCUCUGAAUGUGCCCCUGGAGUCUACUUCGCGCCCUACCAGCCGUGUUGGCAAAUCCACCCAGCUGGUCUUGGAACGAUGGGAGGUUCACGUGGGCGACAAGUCGACCGUCCAUCCAUCAGAACUGAGCGACCCUUUACCAAACGUUUAUAAGAAAGCAGUCGUUCUCUUCCGAUCGCUGUAUGCUUACCUACGAUUCAUACCCACACACAAAUACUACAAGCAUAUCGCGAAACAACCGCCGAAUUAUCCUUCUCUGAAACUCAAUUACCGCAUCUCCAACGCAACCUUCAAGAGCCCACGGCCGGAUACUCUUAAUGUUCCACUGUAUCCAUCUGACGAGCCGGUCACGGAAAGACAAGAAUUUGCACCGUCAAAUUCGCCCGUCGGCCCGCUAUGUAUCUCGGUAGAAUAUCGCACCAACUGUGAAUUCAGCGUCGAAGAUUCCGAGUCGCUGUUGAGCUCCCAUUUUAUGGGUCUUGACACUACAUAUCUCGAGCAAUCCAAUCGAGAAGCGGGCCACAUCCCAGGGUCGUUGCCAGUCGACAGAUUACAUCCCCAGGAAUCUCCUGACCUAGGCCAAGCUUACGGUAGCAUGUCCACCUUUCAUCAGCCCGGUCCACCGACAGGAACAAGCCCCAUGUCAGCGUUGCGGGCCGUUCGCGAUAUGCCUUCUUCCUCGCCUACCGAGUCGCCACCUCAAAAGUUGCCUCCCAAUCAUCGCACAGCUCAGGGCUCUAAAUCAUCCCUACGUACAACAGACACGCCGCCUUAUCAAAGAAGAACGUCUGUUUCCUUCCAGCCCUUCAAAGCCGGCUCCUUGUCGUCAUCGCCUGCGUUGGGUUCGGGCGUCCCUCCUUCCCCGGGCAGCUCACUAGGGCGGCCGAGUAGCUCCUUGGGCCGGAAUCCGACUCCCAACCCUCUCACCCAGCCGCGCAAUCGAACUUCGCUGACAGCCCUUCCACAGACGGCGCUCAGACAACCGUCUCUCACCAAUGAGACGGCGAUUGCAUCGUCUGCCUCCAGCUCGCCAAAACCAGCUCCCAUUACUCGAUAUAGCAGCAGCUUUGGUCACAGGAGAAGCAGGUUUUCUUCUGGUGGCGGAAGCAAGACUGAGGAGGACAAUUUGAGCAGUGGGAAAGGCAGUGUAGCUUCUUCGCAACAAAGAGGAUCAGAGGUUCUCAAUGAGGGUGAAGGUGCCAGCUCUGGUUCCUCCAAGACUGACGAUGAGAGCAUUUCAGACUUUCUGAAGUUGCUAGAGCAGAAGAAAGAACUCAAGAGCUUUACUCGAAACGAUAACGCUUCUCGAGACGCUACCAUGAGGAAAACAACCGCCCAGCUGUCCAAAUACCAGCGUAUGCGAGAACCACAGUCUCAUCUCUCACAGCUCUCCGACUCCAUCUCGUCUUCGAUGAUGCUUCAUCGCUCUUCUUCCUCUUCAAGUCGCCAACUUUCUAGCGUUCCUCCGAUGAUCGCAGGAACCUCAGUGUCCACUGCUUCAUCACCAGGGAAACCCAUCUCGCCGCAUACACCUCACACACCUGCUAUUCCAUCUCGGUUAAGUGCUAACAGCAUUGCCGAGUACGAACCCCGUCGCAGCCGUAGUCGUUCUGGCCAGCCGCCUAGGAGUCAUGGAGCAGCCGAUGUUCAGGAACAGAGUGAAGGCGACGAUCUCGGGACCAAUGCAAUCGACAUUCCAACAUCACCACGCCCCUGGCAUUACAAUCGACGGUCUAGUUCCGCUGCCCAGCAAAAUCGUGCUUUGGAAGAGGAACCGGACAUGUUCGGUCUGCGCUCAGCCAGUCUUCCGGCAGAGGAGGUCGAUCGCCAAAGAGACUUGCAGCGUACCACGGCACCUGAUCUCACGUCUAGUGGGCUUCUCGCGCAAACUGAACAUUUAGCGAGUACGGACCGUGCAGAGCAGGAUUGUGAGGCUGCCAGCCCUCCGGGUUCCCGCGAGGAACUAGCACGCCCAUUGUCAACUUCGGAUCUCCCAGCAAAGCGCGGUACAUACUCAGGAAGCAGUCGUGGACGCGGGGGCUAUUCCUCUCACGGAUCCUCUGUCAGUCUUGCAGCAGGUGCCACGAGCUCGACAGAUCGGCAUAGCCGAUAUAGCUUCCAGAGUCGACAUGUUGCCAACGAUGACGAUGAACCCCUUCUCUUUCAAAUGAGUGAGAUAGGUACAGGUUCUCGACGAAGUCUGGAAGAAGGCAGAGGUGGGGCUGGCACUGGCAGUGGAGCCCGGCGAGGCUCACCCUGGCUUCGCUAA